AUGUAUUUGACAAUAGGAAUGAUCUUCUUGUCACAGACUGUAGUUGGAAUCCUGGGCAAUUUCAUUCUUCUUUACCAUUAUCUUUUCUUUUAUCAUGCUAAAAGCAAGUUGAGAUACAUAAACUUGAUUCUCCAGCACAUAUUUAUAGCCAACUCCUUACUUCUUCUUGCUAAAGGACCUCCUCUGAUAACAGUAGCCUUUGGAUGGAAAGAGUUUUUCAGUGAUUUUGUCUGCAAACUUAUCUUGUAUGUUGAAAGAGUGGGCAGGGGUGUGUCAAUUAGUACCAUCUGCCUCUUGAGUGUCUUCCAACGUAUCAUGAUCAGCCCCGUGAACUCCUGCUGGAAAGAUCUUAAAAUCAAAGCUCCAAAGUAUAUUGGCUUAUGCAUUUGCCUCUGCUGGUUUCAACAUAUGGCAAUCAAUUCCAUUUUUCCUCUCUAUCUGUCAUAUGUGUCAGGAAAAUGGCAUAACAGGAACAUCACAAAAAAGAGAAAGAUGGCAUUCUGUUCUCGUGUAGAUGCAGGGACAAUACCGGGCUUAGUCUAUGUCACAUUAGUAACAUUCCCUGAAGCUACUUCUUCUGUGCUCAUGAUCUGUGCGAGUGGUUCCAUGAUUUUUACUCUGUACCGACACAAGCAGCAGGUCCAACACAUUCACAGGACAAAUGUUUUCUCGGGGUCUGCUGAAUCCAGAGCCACCAAAAGCAUCUUUCUUCUGGUGAGCACUUUUGUGUCUUUUUACAGCAUGUCCUGCAUCUUUCACUUUUCUAUUAUUCUUUUUCCAGAGGAAUGCUGGUGGCUGGUAAGCAUUUCUGAUAUAAUUUCUGUGUGUUUUCCAACAAUCAGCCCUUUUCUGGUAGUGAGCCAGGAUUCCUCAAUAUCCAGGCUCUACUUUGAUUGCAUAAGAAACACCCUCCUUGCUAAGAAGAAAUAA